GUUUCCUAACUUGUCAUAGUUCUUUGCCCGCAUUAUACUAUUCCGUCUGCGUUUUGAAUAUUACACUAUACAGCUUUGGUAGAUGAAAAACAAAACUGUUUUAAAGACGCCUACAAUUUUUGUAUAAAUUCGCUCGCCAACUUCCCCGCACUGUCUACGACCGAAGCAGAAGUUGAAGGAAAAUUUGAGAAAUGUCUAUUAUAAUCCUACUCCUUGCGGGGCUGAGCGUCACCCUCGCCCAACAUGCCCCGAACACGGCUGACAACAAACAGGCCAUAGUGCACCUGUUCGAGUGGAGAUGGGCGGACAUCGCAGCCGAGUGUGAGAGGUUCUUGGGACCCUACGGCUUCGGCGGUGUACAGGUGUCGCCAGCGAACGAGAACCGUGUGAUCACCAGUCCCAACCGCCCCUGGUGGGAGCGUUACCAGCCAAUCAGCUAUCACCUCAACACCCGGAGUGGCAGCGAUGAAGAGUUCAAAGACAUGGUUCACCGCUGUAACCAGCAGGGAGUCAGAAUCUACGUGGAUGUGGUCAUCAACCACAUGUGCGGUGCCGGCGGCUCGGGACACGGGACGGGCGGCAGCUACUUCAACACCGACAGCCUGGAGUUCUCCGGCGUGCCGUUCGGGGCAAAUGACUUCAACGACUGCGGAACGUGCGGCACCAGUGACUGCAACAUUCACAACUAUGGCGACGCUAAUCAGGUACGUAACUGCCGCCUGGUCGCCCUGUUGGACUUGAAGCUGAGUAGCGACUACGUCCGUGGGAAGAUCGCAGACUACAUGAACUAUCUCAUCUCCAUCGGUGUUGCCGGUUUCCGUGUCGAUGCCGCCAAGCACAUGUGGCCGGGAGACCUGGCCGCCGUCUUCGGCCGGCUCAGCGACCUCAACACCGCCUACUUCCCAUCCGGCUCCAGGCCCUUCAUCUUCAUGGAGGUCAUCGACCUGGGCGGAGAGGCGAUUUCGUCAUCAGAGUACACUCAUCUAGGAAGGGUCACGGAGUUCAAGUACGGCAUGCAGCUCGGGUACGUCUUCAGAAAGCAGAACGGCCAGAAGCUGGCGCAUCUGGGGAACUUCGGCGAAGGGUGGGGCAUGCAGCCGGACAACAACGCGCUGGUGUUCGUUGACAACCAUGACAACCAGAGGGGCCAUGGGGCAGGCGGACAGUCCAUCCUCACCUUCAGAGACAGCAGGCUGUAUAAGAUGGCCAACGCGUUCAUGCUGGCAUUCCCGUACGGUUUCGUCAGGAUGAUGAGCAGCUUCUACUGGGACCAGUGGUGGGAAGGCGGGAAGGACAAGAACGACUGGAUCGGGCCACCUGCCGACGGUAGCGGGAACACCAUGGGCGUGCCCAUCAACAAUAUGGGCACCUGUGACAACGGAUGGGUGUCGCCAGCGAACGAGAACCGUGUGAUCACCAGUCCCAACCGCCCCUGGUGGGAGCGUUACCAGCCAAUCAGCUAUCACCUCAACACUCGGAGUGGCAGCGAUGAAGAGUUCAAAGACAUGGUUCACCGCUGUAACCAGCAGGGAGUCAGAAUCUACGUGGAUGUGGUCAUCAACCACAUGUGCGGUGCCGGCGGCUCGGGACACGGGACGGGCGGCAGCUACUUCAACACCGACAGCCUGGAGUUCUCCGGCGUGCCGUUCGGGGCAAAUGACUUCAACGACUGCGGAACGUGCGGCACCAGUGACUGCAACAUUCACAACUAUGGCGACGCUAAUCAGGUACGUAACUGCCGCCUGGUCGCCCUGUUGGACUUGAAGCUGAGUAGCGACUACGUCCGUGGGAAGAUCGCAGACUACAUGAACUAUCUCAUCUCCAUCGGUGUUGCCGGUUUCCGUGUCGAUGCCGCCAAGCACAUGUGGCCGGGAGACCUGGCCGCCGUCUUCGGCCGGCUCAGCGACCUCAACACCGCCUACUUCCCAUCCGGCUCCAGGCCCUUCAUCUUCAUGGAGGUCAUCGACCUGGGCGGAGAGGCGAUUUCGUCAUCAGAGUACACUCAUCUAGGAAGGGUCACGGAGUUCAAGUACGGCAUGCAGCUCGGGUACGUCUUCAGAAAGCAGAACGGCCAGAAGCUGGCGCAUCUGGGGAACUUCGGCGAAGGGUGGGGCAUGCAGCCGGACAACAACGCGCUGGUGUUCGUUGACAACCAUGACAACCAGAGGGGCCAUGGAGCAGGCGGACAGUCCAUCCUCACCUUCAGAGACAGCAGGCUGUAUAAGAUGGCCAACGCGUUCAUGCUGGCAUUCCCGUACGGUUUCGUCAGGAUGAUGAGCAGCUUCUACUGGGACCAGUGGUGGGAAGGCGGGAAGGACAAGAACGACUGGAUCGGGCCACCUGCCGACGGUAGCGGGAACACCAUGGGCGUGCCCAUCAACAAUAUGGGCACCUGUGACAACGGAUGGAUGUGUGAGCACCGCUGGCGUCAGAAUCGCAACAUGGUGACGUUCCGUAACGUGGCCGCCGGGCACGGCAUGUACAACUGGUGGGACAACGGCAACAACCAGAUUGCCUUCUCCAGAGGAGACAGAGGCUUCAUCGCCAUCAACAACGAGGACUGGUCGGCUCUGGACGCAACCCUGCAGACAGGUCUCUCCGCUGGAGACUACUGUGACAUCAUAUCCGGUGAUCUCUCUAACGGAGGCUGCACGGGAAAGACCAUCACUGUGGGAGGGGACGGCAGGGCACACAUCCACAUCGCAGGCGAUGAUGAGGACCCAAUAAUCGCCAUCCACGUCGGCUCCAAAGUAGGCAGUGGCAACGUUAUCGACCCAGUAGACCCCGUGACUACACAUCCUACACACCCGACCCACCCGACACACCCUAACCCGGUCGCCCCGACGGGAACAGAGAGGACAGUUGUGUUCAUCAAAAAGCAGACGUCAGUCGGACAGGACCUGUUUCUCAGAGGCGGCAUCGGACACGAAGUUAGACCCGGAUGUACAAGUGACGCGGCGUCCAGCCAGUGUGCCAUCCCCAUCUCACACAGAAUCGGAGGCACCAACACGAACCUGAACUCAUGGAAACAAGGAGACAACCAUCUGGACUGGUAUGGUGUCGAGAACGGACAGGGCUACGGCGCACAGGGCAGUCCUCUGACCUGGACCACGAGUAACGCCAACAACGCGGCUACAGUCAGUUCCCAGGGGUACGGAUACACACCGCUCAACCAGUGGGGAGACCACUACUGGAUGCUGGAUGUGGACAUGGACUGUUCACGGACAGAAGACGGCUGGUUUGAGUUGAAGGCUAUUGUGGGUUAUUCUGGCGGCGGUGUCCAGUGGGAGAGUGACCGGAACCAGGGGCCGUGCGGCGGCACAGCAGGCGGGACCAAGCCCUACUCCUCCGGUAACCACUUCGCACGCUGCGGCAAGAUCAACGUCUUCGACUUUGACGGCAACACCUGUACCAUCAACGAGUUUUAAAUCUAGUGAAAAAAAUAAACGAAUACCUUUGCUGAUUA